ACUAUUAAUAAAAUGAACUUGGGAAACCGGUUUGUUUAUCCUCGAUGUUGUUAAUUGUCGAUGGUUUGGAAGACGAGUGUCAUUAACGACAUAAAAAAGUUAUCCAUCGUCGAUCCAUGAAUGAAGAACGGAUAAAAAGUCUGAUUGGUGUAAUCGAACAAGAUACAAAUUUCAUACGAUUCACCAUAAUAUCGACGAAAAAUGGUUCGAUUGUGACUCAACAUCAAGUUCAUGUUCCAUGUCAAUAUCCACAGGAUGGAUGGAUUGAACAAAAUCCCGAUCAUUUGUUUCGUUCAAUUCUGGAAGCAUUCGAAAUCGUUUAUGGAAAUCUUUGUGGAAACCGAAUGGAAAAUCUUGUCGAAUGUUUAUCGAUCACAACUCAACGAUCGACAUUUAUUGUAUGGGACAGAUAUACGGGUGAUCCAUUGUCCAAUGUGAUUGUUUGGAUGGAUAAUCGCUCAAAAGAUCUUAUUCAAUCAUUAAACUUUCAAAUCGAUUUAAGUGAAUUGAAAAUCAAAACAGGCCUUCCAUUGUCGCAUUAUUUUAUGGCAUCAAAAUUAUUAUGGCUAUUCGAGAAUGAUGAACAAAUUAAACUUGCGAAUCAACAGAACCGUCUAAUGAUCGGCACCAUUGAUUCAUGGUGUUUAUGGAAAUUGACCGGCAUUCACGCUACGGAUGUGACGAAUGCAAGUGCUACAUUGUUGAUGAAUUUGGAAACUGUAGAUUGGGAUCACGAUCUUUGUAGAUUAUUCAAAGUGCCAAAAUCAUCACUACCCGACAUUUAUCCAUCAUCUCAUACAUUCGGUGAGAUUAAAAUAGGACCAUUUAGUGGUGUACCAAUAACUGGCAUGAUCGCCGAUCAACAGGCUGCAUUGUUUGGACAAAAAUGUUUGGAUUUAGGUGAUACUAAUAUAACGUUCAAGGAUAAUUGUUUCCUUCAACAAAACAUUGGUCCUGGUCCUUAUCGUGAAAUUCUAUCUCGAAUUCCAGUAGAAACAAGACAAAAAUUGAUUUUAACUAUUGCCUAUCAAUUGUCUGAUGAACAACCUAUUCAUUAUGCUCUCGAAGGAUCUUCGAUGAUCACAGGCGCUGCUUUCGAUUGGCUACGAGAUAAUCUUGGAUUGAUUGAAGAUUUUGAUGAAAUUGAAUCACAAGCAUCCGAAGAGAAUGGAGGUGUUUAUUUUGUUCCGGCUUUUCGAGGUUUAGAUGCACCAUAUUGGGAUCCAAAUGCUUCUGGUACUAUUAUUGGUUUAUCACAAUUUAGCCGUAAAUCUCAUCUAAUUCGUGCCACUUUGGAAUCGGUUGUUCAUCAGACAAGUGAUAUUUUAGAUUAUUUAAUUGAAACAGAAUCCUCUAAAUUCAUUGUUAACGGUGGAUUGAGUUGUAAUAAUUUACUAUGUCAGCUACUGGCUGAUAUUUCCAACAAAACUAUUAUACGACCAAAUCCUUCAUCAAUUUCGCCAGGAUUGUUAGGAGCAGCUAUGCUAUCCAGUCAGAUAAUCAACGCAGACAUUGCAUUCAUACAAAAUGUAACAAUAUUUGAGCCAAAAAUCAAUGAUCAAAAACGUGAAUCGAUGAAAGAAUUAUGGACAUCGGCAGUCAAUCGAAGUCGCCAAUGGAUUCAUAAAAAAGAAUUCGUACAACGAAAAUUGCAACAAGAACGAUUGUCUAUGAUUCCAUUUGUAACAUUUUCAAUAAUUACAUUUGCUUUACUCAUCUAUAGUCGAUCAAAGAGUUGAAUAAAAAAAAAAUUUUUAUUUUUCAAAUCUAAUUA